CCUGGCAGGUGACCGGGAGCGGCGCCGGGUCCUGGGCCGCGCCGCGGGAGCACAUCCCGAGCCGGUCUCAGGGAUGCUCCAGGCCCCCUCCGGGACCUGUGUUUCCCACCUUUGGCAGAGUGGAGGAUCCACAGAACUUUUGCUCUGCCCUGUGGAGCGGCCUGUACCCGCUCUGGGAGGCCCGUGCCCUGCUGUAGACAGCUGGCCUCUUUCUUCAGCCUCGGACCCUUCUUCCAUUUGCUCCUCAGAGGACUCCCAUGAAGGCAGCUCCUCAGCCCUGCCUUUGAGAUGAGGGGACUGGGCAACGGGCGUCGGAGCAUGAAGUCGCCGCCCCUUGUGCUGGCUGCCCUGGUGGCCUGUAUCAUUGUCCUGGGCUUCAACUACUGGAUCGCCAGCUCCCGGAGCGUGGAUCUCCAGACACGAAUCAUGGAACUGGAAGGCAGGGUCCGCAGGGCGGCUGCAGAGAGAGGCGCUGUGGAGCUGAAGAAGAAUGAGUUCCAGGGAGAGCUGGAGAAGCAACGAGAGCAGCUUGACAAAAUCCAGUCCAGCCACAACUUUCAGAUGGAGAGCGUCAACAAGUUGUACCAGGAUGAGAAGGCGGUGCUGGUGAACAACAUCACGGCGGGCGAGAGGCUCAUCAGGACGCUGCAAGACCAGCUAAAGGCCCUGCAGAAGAAUUACGGCAGACUGCAGCAGGAUGUCCUCCAGUUCCAGAAGAACCAGACCAACCUGGAGAGGAAGUUCUCCUACGACCUGAGCCAGUGCAUCAAUCAGAUGAAAGAGGUGAAGGAGCAGUGUGAGGAGCGAAUAGAAGAAGUCACCAAAAAGGGAAAUGAAGCUGUCGCUUCCAGGGACCUGAGUGAAAAAAAGGACCCAAACCAGCAGCUCCGAGCCCUUAGCGAGCCUCAGCCCCGGCCGCAGGACGCAGGCCUGCCGCAGGCAGAGGCUCCACAAGGGAAAGGAGACGUGCCUGGCGACAGCGAGCCCCGGACCCCGGCCCCUAGUUCUGAGGCAGCUGUGGAUUCAAAGAGACAAGGUGACAAAGAGGAAACCAAUGAGGUUCAGGUUGUGAGUGAGGAGGCGCUUCAGAGGGACAGCCCGGGGCUGCCACACGAGCCAGGCCAGGAGCAGGCUGUGGAAGAAGACAGACGUGCGGGUGGAAAAGGCGUUGGAGAAGUUGGCCGGACCCCACAGGUGCCAGCCACCCUGUUGGAGAGCCAGGAAAAUCAGGAGAUGGAGGGCCCUGCGCGGGACCAGCUCGUCAUCCCUGAUGGGCAGGAGGAGGAGCAGGAUGCUGACAAGGAAGGGAGAAACCAGCAGAAACCGGGAGGAGAUGAUGACUACAACAUGGAUGAAAACGAAGCAGAAUCUGAAAGAGACAAGCAGGCAGCCCUUGCCGGCAAUGACAAAAGCGUAAAUGUUCUUAAUGCAGAAAAUCAGAAAAGAGACACAAUAAAUUUACUUGAUCAGCGUGAAAAGAGGAAUCACACUCUCUGAAUCAAACUGGAAUCCUGUGCUGCGUGUCAGGAUUGAACAGAGAACGCUACGAAAUAUUCAUGAGGGAUUGGAUACUGUGAAAUGUGCUAAGUCAAACAUACAUCUAAAGAUGAUUAUUGUGGAGUUUUAGUACCUACUUUAUGUAGGAAAAUGAGAUGGUCUUUAGACAGUUUUGGGGGGUACUUUUGAAGUGUGUAUAUUAAAAUGUCAAAAUUUGUCAGCUAAUAGGUAUUUCAUGAGUUCAACACCAAAAGUAGAACCCAAGUUCUUCAAGUAUGGCGACGGUGGCAGCUUCUUCUGGAAUAUAACUUUGUUUAAAAAAUAAAAGCCUGCAGGAAGAGUCCAUCUUCAGACGUGAAGGAGAGACCUGCGCGCUGGGGAACUCCUUUUUCUCGGUUCCCUCUGGAGUCACUCUCUUCUCCGCAUGCUGUGCCGAGUGACCGGUGCCAGCACGUUCUCUCUGUCCUCCCUGGUCAGCACUGAACCAUUGUUGGUUUAUGCUCUCGUACAUGCACUUCUGGUUCUGACAAUCAAUGGCCUAGAGCACCGACUGUUAACCCAAACAUCACUAGCCGCAGUUUUAAAUGAGUCUAAAUACAAAGGUGGUUUGUGUGAGAGUUUUUAGAAAGACUACUUGCAUAAUACCCUUGUCAUUAAUGUACAAAAUGCUUUCAAGUGACUUGUAAUUUGAAAACUUGUGGCCUAUACUUUGCUUAAUAUGUGUGAGCAAAGCAAAUCUUGUGUAAUAUACCAUAUUACCAAGAAGAGCCACGAGGGGCUUAGACCGACCCAGCAGGGGCCGAAGCAGAGCGGUGCGGCCGCAGGCACUGUGGGCGACGUGGGCUCGCUGUGGACAGGCUGCCUGCUUCACCACUAGAGUAAGAGCAGAGGCAUGCGAGAUUAAGGAUCCGUGCAGUGUUAUAAAUUGGGAACGUUUAGAAAGGCAAGACAAAGGACUAGUCCUUUUGUCCUAGUCUACACAUUUAGCUUGUGGUAACUAUUACAAAACUGAUGUAAAAAUCAAGUUAGUUGGAAAAUGACUAAUCAUAAUUUACACUGACAAUAGUGACAUUAGGUUUGACAUGCAUUGGUUCUUAAUAUUUAGGGUAGUCAGGCCGUUGCCACUUGUGAAUAACUGAAAGUCACAGGAAUGACUUUCAGCGAGGCUCCCUAAAGGGUACAUGGGUGGUGAUGCUUAUUAAAGUGCAUUUCGAGUCACAGGAUGUGAGCUGCAGGGAACUCAGGUCAUUUGGUGUAACCCCUUUGUUUUCAGCGAGGAAACAGGGCCCAGAGAAAUUGUGGCGCUUAUCAGGCCAGAGAGCUGGUGAGCUGGAAUCCUGGCCUCACCCCCAGUGUGGACUCGCUGUGCCCCAGUAAUCACCCAGUCGGGACCUGGUUUGCAUCCAGGUCAAGAUCACCAACUUGAAUGGUCUUCGUGUAUGCUCUCCUUUUACCUAAUCACCGAGAUUCAGCUCUUCACCCAGAAGAGGCAACUGAAGGGGUAUAAAAGUAGCUUUGCAAGAUUUUAUCUAAGUCCACGUCCAAGCUCCCUUUGUGUCUUAGUGUUGAUAUUCUCUUGCUUUUUCAAAUAAUUAAUAAAACUUUUAUUCAUCUCA